AUGAAAGCAGCUGAAAUAAAACCUUAUCUUGAAGAAAAAUAUGCAUUUCUCAGUGGAGCUAUUGAUAAGAAAGGUUAUUUGAUAAUAACAUUUCCAAGUUCAGCAUCCAUUGAAAAAUUAUCUAGUGAAGAUUUAAAAAAACUUCUUAUUUAUUUAGCAUCGAUAAAUUCAUCAAAUGGUGAUCCAAGAUUUACUUUUAUUGUUGAUAUGCGACAACGUACAUGGGAAAAUUGUAAACAUAUUUUUAAAGUUUUACAGGAGCAAUUUCCAUAUAAAAUAGAACAUGUAUAUAUUGUUAAGCCGGAUGGAUUUUGGGAUAAACAUAAAAUAUCACUUGGCAUGUCGAAAUAUACAUUUGAAGUAUGAAUAAUAAAAAGAGAUAUUGCAAUAAGGUCGAGUUGUUCAUUUCUUUUCGAACAGAAGGGAUUGUUAGGAGUAUUUUUUGCAACAUAGUUUUGUUCUAUCUCGACAUGACUGUUUUCAUUCCUAUGGUCUCCCUAGGAUUUCCGAAAUUAUAUGCACUACACGUAGCUUUUCGUGCUGAUUAAAAAUAUUCUAUCGAAAAUUGAAGACAAUCAGGUUUGAAUAUCAAAAAGCGGAUACUAUUAAUAAACUGAUCACGUACUAGUUUUUCAUCUCGCAAUCUUUUUUUUUCCCAUAUAAGAAACAUAUCUUAUUCUUAAAAUAUAAAAUAUUUGUUCUAUUCAUACGAAGUAAAAUCAACUCUAAAAAAAAUAAAUGCGAAAACCUCGGAUUUAAAUCCGAGUGUUAUGUGUACUGCGAAAAGUGAAGAGAUAUAUUCACUGUUUUCUAUCAACUGAGCCAUAUUUAGCCUAUUUGCUUUUUGCAUGCAGUUUUUCUGCAUUUUGAGACAUUAUUCAUGGGAUGUUUUGUGAGAAAGCUACUAUUUGGUUCAAAACUAAUAUCAGAUUCGGAAUCAGCGUUAAAAACUGAGUCGAUUUAUAUAUGUUGUGAAUAAUUCUGAGAAAAAAUUUUUUUUUUGAAAAAAUCCCUGUACCCCCCCUCAGGGAUGGUCUUCUCAAUAAUGACAAUUUUUUCUAUAACUCAGUCAUUUCUUGACGGAUCCUGCUCAUCUUCGAACUCGACCGAGAC